GUAUAUAAGCAUUAACAAGUGUUGCUGCCAGUGAUGAGUUUAAUUCAUUGUUUUUAAUCAGUGAUUGAGCAGCUAUAUUAAAAAUUUCACCGAUUUAAUAAUGUCACUGUCGGAACCGUUUACUUCGUUUCAUAAUCAAUAAUUCCUGUGCUGGCAGCUGCAAAACAACAAAACAGCUGGGGAACAAAAAUAUAUCCAAAUCCAAAUGUCAAAGUCGGUAUAAAAACAAUUACGAAAAAUCCCAGCGAGCGGAGCUGAGAGCAAAAGAGGAAGUGGCGCAGUGCAGCGAUUAAACAGUGGCCGCGAAAAUUGAGAGCUGAGAGCUCCCCGAAAAAAAAACAAGCGAAAGCAAAUCGAGACCAGCAGCUAUCACUCUGUCUGCUCGUGGCUAAUAAUUAGCGAUAGAAAGUGCUUCUCCGGGGGUCAACGAGAUGAACGAGACCGCCAAUCCACCCGCUGCCGCGGGCUGCGAUGCUGCAGCGCGUCAGAAAAUCGUCGCAACAACGGAGACGCCUGAGACACCGAGCGCUUCCAGUAAAUCCAGUGUCCGACUAUUGAUCAAAUCGUCCAAUCAGCAAUAUGACGACCUCAACGUGGAGAGCGAUCUCGGCUGGACGGUGAAGCGCCUCAAGAAGCAACUAUCGCUGGUCUAUCCUGGCAAGCCGGAAAUCCACGAUCAAAAACUGAUUUACUCUGGCAAGCUACUCGAUGACAGUCAAAAGAUAUCGGAAGUGAUAAGGAGCUACAAGGAUGUCUAUCAGCAGCAUCACAUCUUCCAUCUGGUGUGCGCCAGCAAGAAUAUACCCAAGCCUCCAGUUAAGCUAGCUCCACCCAAGGAACACACAGUGCCACUGCAGUCACAGGACAACACCAAUGAACUUCGACAGCGUCAUGCCGCAGCACAUCAGCACCAGCAGCAGGCACAGCAGGCAGUCAAUGCCACUGUCCCUCCCCUGGCCAAUCCCUGGUCACAGUUCUGGCAGCACAAUAUGGCCGCGGCUGCCUCCAGUGGCAGCCCGAUGGCCGCUGCCACUGCCAGUGCCAAUCCUCAUCCCCAUGUCCUGCUCCAACAGCAGGCGAUAUUGUACAACGCCUGGAUGCAGCAGGUCUACGCCCAGUAUAUGCAGGAGUUGGCUUUACGAUCUUCCGUGCCCGGUUCGAGUAACCCCGCUACGCCAAUUUCACCACAACCACCUUCAUUGCUGGCUCAUCCCCUGUUUGCUCAAUUAGCACGGAUUCCCAACCUCUCCGAGGCCCAAGCAGGAGUACAAGCGGCUCCCCCGGCUGCAGCUGCUCCUCCAGCUCCGCCAGCAGAAGUGGCAGCUGCGCCGCUGGCCAGACCCAACUUCCCCCACAUUCAAGAGGAACCCGAGAUGCGCGACUGGCUGGAUAGCUUCUUUAGCUUCACUCGCCUGGCCAUAUUUGUGACAGUGCUUUACUUUAACUCCUCGCCACUGCGUUGCCUUCUGGUGGUGCUUAUUGCAGGGGCUAUUUAUCUCUAUCACAUUGGCAUCCUGCGUAUGCGCCGCGAGCGUAAUAAUAACAACAUUAACCGUAACAAUAAUGCUGGUGAUGCUGCCGCUGCCUUUGCUGCCGUGCAGCAAAUCCAACGGAUGAUGGAUGCGGCUGUGGAGCGCGAGAAUAAUGAUCCACAGGCGGCCAAUGAGCCGGGUGUUGUGCCACCAGCAGCUGAGGGAGCAGCUCCUGCCGCGCAGGAUGUACCCGAUGCUGCUACGGCCGCCGCUCCUCCGGCACCCGCAACAGCUGCCAAUCCCGAUGCGGCUGCUGUCGAUGUGUCUGCCGAAGCCAUGGCCGUGGCUGUGGAACCACCAAAUGCCAAUAACUCUGUGAUUUCCGUUGUGCGCACCUUCGUCAUCACCUUCUUCACAUCGCUGCUGCCCGAGGCGCCAGCGUUGUAAAGAAUUUAGAUGCGGAUCCAACUUUCCUCCCCUUUUCGUAAUCAAAAACUAAAACAAAUUGUUAUUCCUUUUUUAUUUUCGAUUUUUGUGCUUUACCUGAAAAAUUUAAGGCAAAAAC